AUGAAGAAAUCAGUCAAGUCAGUCAUGCUGAAGAUGAUGAAGAAUUUAUUCAAGCAAAUCAAGAAAGCAAAGACACAUCAGCAGAAAGCAGAAAAUCAAAAAAUGAAGAGUGUAGCUAUCACAUUGAAAGUCUUAAAUACAUCUAUCAGUUCUGCUGAAAAAGUCAAACUUGAAAUUAAGAAGAUCAAGUUGAAUAUUGAAAGAGUCAAAUUGAAGAUUGAAAAGAAGAAAAUCACUAUGAAGAAGAAGAAAAUUAUCAUUGAAAAGAUAAAAUUAAAUGUUGAAAACAUGAAGCUUGCUAUUCAGCAGAAGAUCUUGAGAUCAGUUAACAAUCAUUAUAAGAAUUAA